AUGACCAGCGACAUUCCUGAAGCCACGGGGUUUUACUUAUCAGAGACACCACGAGAACGAGACGAUCGGAUUCGAGCUUUGUUUGAUUCUUUGGAUCGUAGACACCAAGGUUUUUUGGAUAGGGAUUGUAUUGAAAAAGGUUUGACAGCCAUGACCCAUUUACCAGCUCGCACUAAAUUCGUCAAUGAACUCUUGGCUCAAUGUGAUACCAGUCAAGAUGGUGUGGUUGAUUAUGAUGAAUUCAAAACCUAUGUACAUGAAAAGGAAGAGGAACUAUGGCAAUUAUUUCAACGGAUGGACACUCGUGGAGAUGGUUCCUUACUACCAAGUGAUCUAGCUAUGGCUUUACAAGAAGCGGGUAUUACAAUUACUCAAGAAGAAUUGAUGAAUUUUAUGCAAUGGAUGGAUUUAGAUGGCAAUGGAGUAAUUGAUUUUUAUGAAUUCAAGAACUUUUUACUGUUACUCCCUGAAACCAGUGUCAGUGAAAUUUAUCGUUAUUAUGAAACAUCAACACAAUUGACUCAAGAUGCCGAAGUGAUCAUUCCUCCAACAGACGAAACAUCUCAUCAUGCUAUCAAGUAUCUACUUGCAGGUGGUUUGGCUGGUGCUGUAUCUCGAACAUGUACUGCUCCUUUUGAUCGACUCAAGGUAUAUUUGAUUACAGAUAGUUCCAAAGGCGGAUCAUUAACACUGAAGGAAGCUAUCAAGGCCAUUUAUGCAAAAGGUGGUUGGCGUGGAUUUUUUGUUGGAAAUGGAUUGAAUAUUUUUAAGAUUGUGCCAGAAUCAGCCAUCAAAUUUUAUUCAUAUGAAACUUGUAAAGGAUUAUUAGCCAAAGCAUUACAUUGUGAAGAUAAGGACUCAAUACCAACAGGUGCACGAUUUCUUGCUGGUGGUAUGGCAGGUCUUAGCUCUCAAUUCUUCAUCUAUCCUGUAGAAACAUUGAAAACGCGAAUCAUGUCACUUCAACGAGAAUCUAUGAAAACCAUCACAACGACAUCAACAACAACAACAUCAUCAUCACCGUUAUUGUCAUCUUUUUCGUUGGCUAAUGGGGCAUCACGUUCUGUCAUUUUUACUACUAUCAAGUCCAUGUAUACUCGAGCUGGACUUCGUGCGUUUUGGCCUGGUUUGACCCUUGGUCUGGUAGGUGUAUUUCCUUACCAAGCCAUGGAUUUAGGCAUUUAUGAAACAUUAAAGCUUGGAUAUUUACGACAUACUGAUCAAGAAAAUCUUCAUUCUGACAAACAAAAGCAGCCUAGUGUGUUUGUAUUAUGGGCAUGUGGGAUGGUGAGUGGUUCUAUUGGUGCUACAAGUGUAUACCCUCUCAAUGUGAUUCGAACUAGAUUACAAGCUCAAGGAACACCUGCUCAUCCAAGGUAUUAUUCAUCUCCAUGGGAUGCGGCUCAAGUAACAUUUCGAACUGAGGGUAUACGUGGAUUUUAUAAAGGGCUUGGCCCAACUCUUCUCAAGGUUGUGCCUGCUGUCAGUAUUAGUUAUGUUACAUAUGAAUGGAGCAAAAACGAACUGGGAUUGGCAUAA